UGGUUUUUUCCUCUUCGUCGUCCACCCACCCACUGUCCCACUCCAAUCACUUUAGUUGUUUGAUAAGAAAUUCCAUUGUAUUUGGUAUCCAAAGCACGUUUACAGCGAUAUUUAACGUAAUAGGAUUCCUAGGACAUCUGUUUCCGCAGUAUGGCAGCUGCGGACUCUCGUUCCUGCGACAUACAAAGUCCGUAUGUCUCGAGUUUGGAAGUGUAAAAAGUGUUGUGUUGUAGAUUUGGGUGUGAAUUUCAUAAACAGUUAGAUGUGUUUGUUGUUAAUUUGUACACUAGCAUUCUACGCUUGAAUAUUUGCGCGAUGUGGUCACUGUAAAUAAAGUUUGACUGUUUUUUUGUGAAUUUGCGACGAUGUCUUUGCAAAAGAGUGAGAAAAGUGUGCGGAGCGGAGGCGCGGCGGAGCGGAGCGAGGCGGCGGACAACGCGUCCAUCUGCUCGUCGGUGACCACGCAGCCGGACCGGCACGGGUUCUUCGGCGGCGCGCAGUACAGCCCCGAGCCGCGGCGCACGGUGUCCCCCAGCACGAUCCUCAAGCGCGAGCAGAAGUGGCUGCGCAUGCUCAACAACUGGGAGUCCUUCAUGAGCAAGAACUACAAGAAGGUGCGCGAGAGGUGCCGGAAAGGUAUCCCGGCGUCCGUCCGUCCCAAAGCGUGGCUGUACCUGUGCGGGGGCUCCCUCCUCAUGAGCAAGCACGCGGCGGUGUACGAGCAGCUGCGGCGCGCGCCCGGGGACCCUCGCUGCGUCGACGACAUCAAGAAGGACCUGCACCGACAGUUCCCGCAUCAUGAGAUGUUUAUACAGGAGGAGGGGCCCGGCCAACAAGAGCUCUUCUCCGUUCUCAAAGCCUACUCAGUGCUGAACCCCAAGGUGGGGUACUUCCAGGCGCAGGCGCCGGUGGCGGCGUUCCUGCUGAUGCACAUGCCGGCCGAGCAGGCCUUCUGGUGCCUCGUCAGCAUCAGCGACAAGUACCUGUCCGGGUACUACAAUCCUGGAUUAGAGGUCCUACAGCGCGACGGCGACAUCCUCCAAGCCCUCCUCAAACGCACAUGCCCGGCGGCGCAGCGGCACCUGGCGCGCCACCGCGUGGAGCCCGUGGCGUACUGCACGGAGUGGCUGCUGUGCGCGCUCACCCGCACGUUGCCCUGGGACUCGCUGCUGCGCGUGUGGGACUGCUUCCUGUGCGAGGGGGUCAAGGUGCUGUUCAAGGUGUCGCUGGUGAUCCUGGCGGGCGCGCUGGGCCCCGCCAAGGUGCGCAAGCGCGCCAACGGACUGUGCGAGACACUCGAGGUGCUGCGCCACCCGCCCGAGCACAUCCUGACGGAGGAGUACCUGGUGUACCACAUGCAGCGCCUGUCGCUCAGCGAGGAGGACUUCGAGCUCGAGCACCAGCGCCAGACCAGCCGCCGCCGCGCCCUGCACGCGCAGCGGAGUGGCAGCUGAUUCAGCGAGUAUUCCUACAAGCGCUAUUCCAAGAAUAGCGCGAGGAAUCUCUUCAACACUCUGUGAAGUGUGAGACGUUCAGUGCAAUGACGCUAGUGAGUGUGGACGCAGUGUGAGCCCUGCGGCUAGAGGUAAGGACGAUUUCAGGUUCAAUUGUACAUCAGUGAAAGUUUAGAAGUGUGUACCUGGACAAUCAGUCAAAGUUGUGGAGUUG